CUGCCGCUGAGUGCCACCACCUCCUCCGGUCUAUCUGCUGCUCGAGAGCCGCCCCAAAGUGUCCUAGAUUGCGCCGGCGACGCUGCUGCGGCAGGGCCACCUUUUCUCUCUCUCUUUCUCGUCGCGACUCAGUUCUCAGUUUACGAGCGGCGGCCGAGCCGAGUGAACACCGAUGAUCACUUGACUGCCGACGCAAACACACACACUCACACGUGUAGUUCGUUUUCGUGCUCUGCGUGCCCGUUUGCGGAUACCGGCCGACAGGGCAACGCCAGGGACCCACGAUGCCCCCCACACCGACGGCCGCUCUCACCGUCCUCCUGGCGCUGUUGUGCGGGUUGUCGGCGGCGGCCUUCGACGAAUUUUCAUCAGCUUGCCUGCGGCCAGGCAGCGGCCGAGCGUCCAAAGCUUGGAAGGACCCUCCCUGUGACUUCACCGACGAGCAACAAUGGUGUACUGUCCCUGGAAGUUCCUAUCCUUGGAUCGCACUACGAAGUUUCGUGCGAGAGAAUCAAGGACUGAUGCGACGCAUGUACGGCGAGAUGAGACAGAUUUCAGUGCUCCGCGCCGAGUUUGAGUCCAACGACUUGUACCCAGGCGAUGGUACCGACUUUCAGGUUGUUAGGGACGGCGUAAUGAAGCGUUACCGGCCAGUGGCCGAGGCAGCUGCUUCGACGCCUCGCUCAACGAAGCCAGAAGUGCCAAACAAAGAAUCAUUGACCCGCAAGACGGUGAAACCUCCGCGGCCAACGAGCACGUCGACCCAAGCGACGACCACUGCGACCAAAAAGACAUCGACGUCGACGACAACCUCAACCACGACGACGACCACGACGACAACGACGACGGCGCGCACGACGACCACAGCGGGCACGGUGCCUUCGACGACGAGAAACGCGACCUUGACGUCGGCGGCCUUCGAGGCUGUGGAGGAGACGACCGAGGGCAGCACCACUUUGGCGCCGGACACGACCAGCGUGUCCGAGGAGCCGGUGAUGGAAGCCUCGGAGGCGGAGCCGCUGCAGGCCGAGGACCAGCAGGCCGAAGAGUCCGAGGUCGCCGAGGAGGAGGCCGAGGGCGAGGAUGACGAGGAGUACGAGGAGGAGGAAGAAGGGGACGCUGACGAGGACGAGUCAGAUGGCGAUCAGAGCCUCAACAAGGGGCCGCAGCAAAUCCUCGUCCGAGGAGUAAACGCAUGCCCCGUGAAAGAGGAGGUCGUCGCCCCCUUCUGGGCCAACAACACGAGGGGUGAGCUGCUUGCCCUGCUGAACCUGUACCCUUUUGAGCAGUACGUCCACUGGGAGAAGUGCACAGAUCUGAACCAGCAGAUGUUCUGCCGCGACGGGUGCCGGUGCGAGCAGCAGUACCGGCUGCACCGUCUGCUGGCUUACGAUCCGCGCAACGAGUGUCGCGGCAUCUUCUCCGACUGGUUCAAGUUCCCGUCGUGCUGCGUGUGCAAGUGCUACGACAUCCCGCCCGAGUUCCGGCUGACGUCACGGAGCCCGCGGCGCAAGAGCCGCCCCGUGGACAAGGGCAAGAAGAAGGCGACGGGCCUGGAGCCGAAGCUGCGCACCGUCGUGCACGUGCAGCAGCUGGACCGCAGGCUGGAAGGUGGCGGCGAGCUGCGCGAGGACCUCAAGGCCGUCGUGCACAGGUCCCGCGAGCCGCGUCUGCAGCCGGCCGAGUCGGCCACCCUGGGCACCGUGGACACGGCCACGCCGCACUUCUACUACCAACCGCCGCCGGUCGGCCUCGCCUCACUCAGCCGACGCCCGCGCGACGCCGACGACUGAUACGCAAAGUGGGAAAAGUGACUGCAGACUUAGCCACUGGAGUUAUUUUUUUUUUUUAUUCUAACAUUCGAUGGAUUUUGAUGAACGUGUCUGAGACUUGUUAUUAGAGCGAGAGAAUGCUGGGAAUUUGUGACAGUGAUCUGAUUCAUAUACUAGUCGUACACAAGCUGCUGAGGAUGACAGUGUGUUCGUGAAGUUGAUAGGAAUUAAAGUAAAAUGCCAUACUUCUUUGAUUAAUUUAAAUAGUACGUUGAUUGUAAAUAUCACCUCCAAAAACUGCGUCUUAAUUCUAAGGUUCCAACUUUACUACUGUCGUUGUAUAUAGAGUUGAUAUUAGCUGUCAGAAUAUACAUAUUUUCAAUAAUUAA